CACUGACCACACAAUAGCAGUAUUUUCUAUACCAUAGAAUCGUGAAAGUCAGGUUCGUCAAGUUUUUCAAGGUGCGUAACUGUUAAAAAGGAAAGGAAAACAAAGAAAACCACGAAAAUUACAUAGGAAAAGCAUAAGCUAUAUGAAAUUUUAGGCCAUACAUAAAAAUACGAAACCCGUGCGAAAAAUUGCGUAAAAAAAGAAGUUUAAGUUGUUCAAAACCAUUGCAUGGGGUUUAAAGGAAUGAACAGCAAGGAUUGUUUAGGACUGCGUUUGCGAGUCUGCACCCUUCAUCAAACUUGGAAGUGGUUACAUCAAACCGAGGCGUUGCACGAAUACUUAAUAUCUGUUAACGCUGCUGAUACUGCAAAUCAUCAAAAAACUAUAAUGCUAUAAUUUUGGCUUAUGUCCAAAUUUUUCAAGAUAUCUAAUACUGCGCAAACCGUAAAGACUUCCAAAAUUUCUCUUAAAAAACGUCGUCGCAAAAAAAUCUUUUACGACGACAUUAUAAUACACGUAAAGAUAAAACUCAACUAUAGAAAGCAAA